AUGAAUCUUGACGAGUUUAUUGAUUCUCAUGUACUAAACAAUACGUUAUUGGAUAGUAUCAGUGAUUUAGUAGGCAUUGCAGGGAGUACUGACAUAAAAAGAAUAAUUCAUAAAUUGAAGGUUAGGGAGCAGAAAAGUAUAAAUUAUACAGCAGAGUUUAUUACACAGUAUGUAAAGAGCAUUGAAUCAAGUGAGUCUGUGUCUUAUAAGAAUUGUAAUAUGUUAAGUGGGAAGAGCUGUGAGUGUAAAAUUACUUUAGACAGUGUAAAUACACAGAAAACCAGGAAUUUACUUGAAAUAUUGGGCAUACACAGAAAGAACACUUCUGUUGUAAGGAGUGUACUGUUAAAACUACUUUCUGUGUUUACCGUGGAUGUUGAUUGUAGUGCAAUAGUAGUACACUUACACACACUAGAAAUGGACAAUGACAUGCCUGCAUUAUUAAUUGACUAUGCGCACGUGUUCUAUAUUUUAGGGUACCACUAUGAGUCAUAUCAAGUAUUAUCACUAUUAAGCAGACACCCCAGUAGCAGUACAAAAGUGAACAUAAUGAAGUUAAUGAUGAUUACUAAAUACUUAAUCAGCACUAAUUACAGAACACAUGUGAACAGUAUUAAAAUACUGCAGGGAAUGGACAUUCAAAUAUCUCCGGAUAAAAAUGUGUGUAAGUACAUGAAGUAUCAGAAGAUCAUAACAGAUUAUGAUAGAAUAAUAGGGCAUACAAGUAAAAACAAGAAAGAUGCUCUGAUGAAUUAUGAAGUAUUAGAUACAUUAUCAGAAGAAGAGGUUAAACACUGGGCGUGGUAUACACAGGAGAUUAAGAACAUAGCCAGUGCACAGGAUGCAGUAAAGGAAGAAGCAGAGGAUAACAAAGAUAAAUCCGAUUCAGAUGUAAUUAAUGAUUUAAUCCAUAAAAUAUCAUUCCUCCGGCUGAACAGGUUAAACUACAGCUUAGUAGAUGGAAAGAUAUAUUUAGAAGAGGGUAACAGCAGAAAUACAUUUAUUGAUUAUGUUGACCAAUUAGAUAAUGCACAACCAAAGAAUGCAUUACCUACCACAGGAAAUUCUAUAAGAUCAGAUAAAGCACAAAAUAGAAUGGAGGGAGUCGUAUCAAGUAUAUCUACGAAUAAUGAAAAUUCAAAGGAGUCUUCACAGCCAGCAAUUCCUAAAAAAAGGUACAAAGAUAAAGUUACAGUAUUAUUUGAGAGGAAGGAGUAUAUGCUAAGAAAUACAAUUAAGCACUACAGGAAUACAGUCUUAGCAGAGAAACAAGCAGACCAAAAUUCAUCAAGACUUGCAGAAUUAGCAGUUAUAAACAACAGAUUUAAAUUAGCUAAGAAAAAGCAGUUAGAUAUGCUAGAAGUAAUAGUCAAUGCAUAUUCAGCUGUUUUAGAUAUUUCUGAUGUACUUAGUAAAGCACUGGCUGAGAAGGAGAGGAUUGAAAAAGAAGAGUUAAAGAAAAUUAAAGAAGAACCCAUUGAACAAGAAAAGGAAACAGUACAGCAAACCACCACAAGCACAUCAGAAAUGAACUGGGAUAAGAGUAAAUCUGAGGCGUACACAUACGUACCACCCAUUAGACCAACUAGAACAUACCAGUCAGUAUGGAAUCCAGGCCAUGAUGAAUCUACUCCUCGUGAGGAGAGAGAGCCCAUCAGAAGAUCACAGUGGAGGAGUAGGGAAGAGACAGAAUGUACUUCAGAAUUAGUAAAUAAUGAUAAUUCUUCUGGUAUUUAUAAAGCACCAGACAGACCAUCCACUUUUAUUAACCUGUCUAGUAUAUCUAGUGCCAUGAAUAAGUCUGAAACCACUGCGCCCAGAGAAGAGUCCUCUACUGCCAGAGUCUGGAAUAAAGGAAAAAGUGAAAAUACAACUGAAAAGAGCACUGCACAUUUUGUGAAGGACACUGCAGACAAGUCAUACAAAGAGUUUAAAGCACCAAGAAAGCAGACUGAAAAGAGUGAAUUUACAGGGAAUAGACGGGAGAAGAGCAAACCAAAUGAUUCAUCAAGUACUUCUACCAUUACGUGGAAAAAACAGUAAGAAUAAAGACCA